AUGCCAUCCGACACUAGUGUCUCCUUUGAUGUCUUCCGAGGCAUUGAUGGGAAGAUUACCUCUGACCAUGUGACAAAAUCUCUUGGAGACAAUGAAAUAUUCGUCCAGACAACACACUCAGGUCUCUGCGGCACAGACUUGCAUUAUCUUCACUCCGGGAAAGUAUUGGGCCAUGAAGGUGUCGGCAUUGUGCGCAGGCUGGGUCCUGGUGUAACUUCUGUGAAGGUGGGCGACCGAGUUGGCUUCGGGUAUACGAGAAAGGUCUGUGGCAAGUGCAGACACUGUUUAUCGGGAUGGGAUCAAUUUUGCGAAAACGUCGUCGACUUCGAGAACAAGGCUGAUGCGGAUAUUGGUUCCCUCUCGAACGGCGUCGUUUGGGAUGCUGACGCAGUGGUCCCCAUCCCCGAUGGCUACGAGUCUGCCGAGGCUGCCCCUUUACUCUGUGCUGGCUCAACAGUUUGGACCGUUUUGACCGAGUACGGGAUCAAGGCCACAGAUCGAGUGGGCGUCCUUGGUAUUGGCGGCCUUGGCCAUCUGGCCAUCAAGCUAGGUGCCGCACUAGGUUGCCACGUUGUUGUACUAUCUAGCUCUGAGUCGAAGCGAGAGGAGGCGUUUGAAUUUGGAGCAAAGGAAUAUUUUGUUCUCAAAUCAGGCGAACAGCCCGAGGGUCUCAAGCCCUUGGACCACUUGCUAGUGUGCGGAAGCGCAACCAGUACGGACUAUACCUUCCUCGUUUCUCUGAUGGAGGUCCACGGCUCCAUUUAUCCCCUGACUGUCUCUUCGGAUAAGGUUCCUAUUAGGCUCCACGACGCCGUGCUCAGGGGUGUGCGCAUUCAGGGGUCGCUGACAUCCUCACGGCGAUCACUUCGAAGUCUGUUCCAAUUCGCGGCUGAGCGUAAUAUACAUCCAGUGUUGCAAACGUUCCCAAUGUCUGUUGAUGGUAUCGAGACGGCGGCCGGGAUACUGAAUAGCGGUAAAAUGCGCUAUCGCGGCGUACUCUGUUGGGAAUGA